AUGUUGUGCGAUCAGCAAAUGGCGACGUCGUUUAGUGUGCGCGAUAUUUUGGAAUUCGACGACGGUGAUGGGAUGAUCGGUAGCGGAGUAAGCCCUGGACCCGAAGCGGCAGCCACAGCAUCAACCGAUCCGCUAUUACUCGAUCCGAUAAUGGUGGUCAAUCCAGCCGAAGCAGCAGCCAAUUCUACGGGUUACUACGCCAAUUAUUGGCUGGAAAACAACGGAAUGGGUAAUAACACGAUGUUGGGCGAUAAUCGGACGAUCAUGCCGAUGGAAGAACAGCCAACUGGACAGACUUACAUCGCACUGCAGCAACACCACACCCAACCACCUCCGCAGCAUCAACAAGCGAUUGAUCCGGCUCAUUACGAUUACUCGUACAACUACAUGUCCUACGAUUGCCCUCCGGUGGCUGAAGAAUUCAGCCGCUUCAGGGAAGAAGACGAAAGUAAAUUGGCCACUGUUCAGCAAAGAAACCCCGUGGCGAGUAGACCGUUAACUACGUCUCACCACGUCCAGCAGCUCUCUCACCUGUGUCCGCCCUUCUCCGAACAGGAAGUCAAUUGCGGAAAUUCAAUGGAAAUUGCCACCAACAAAAUCAAAUCAAACCGAAUUCUAGCGGCGAAACCAGAGAACAACUUUAGUAAGAAGGGUAGCUCUGGGAACGAGUCAAUCAACACGAACCAACGGACAACGCGUCUCAAGCGUAAACCUCGAGUUCUAUUCUCUCAGGCACAGGUGUACGAAUUAGAACGGAGAUUUAAACAACAACGAUACCUGUCGGCACCAGAGCGCGAACACCUCUCCUUGGUACUCAAAUUAACACCCACUCAGGUAAAGAUAUGGUUCCAAAAUCGCCGCUAUAAAUGCAAACGCCAGUUGAGUGAAAAACCAUUAGACUCCAACAGCAUCACGACAUCUCCUGAACCUGGAACAGCGACAACGCCCAUUCGUAAGAUGGCCGAAGACUCCAUCGUUUCUUCAACCGGAUUGGGCACUCCGUCUGAAGCUGAGGAAUCAAUUCUAUACCAACACUCAGCGCACGAUCCUCACCUGCAACAACAUCCCGUUCUUCCGCCUUAUUCCACAUUGUACAGCCACCAACAACAUCCAGCUACUUCAGCGUUAACGUACGGUAGCGCACCAUCAUCGUACCUCCACCAUCAAGACAUGGCGUAUUCUGGAACACCUGCCGAAACGGCCGGAUAUUACGCUCUGAUGGGAGGCAACGUCAGUAACAACGUCAGCGGAGGUGGUGCUGGGCAGAAUUUUCACCAGCACAGUUUUUCGUCCAGUGUUCGGGCGUGGUAAUGAACACAACUGCAGUAUACAUACGUACUUAAUAAUCACAUGAAUAUUAUCGAUAAUUAUAUGUCAAUACAAACAUCUUUAAAUUGUU